CUAGAGCCCGUGGUAUUUCAAUCUACGACUUCCUUAUACUGACAUUUCAGUGUGUUAUGAGAUAUAACCGUCUGACUGUCAGAGUUUCACUCGUUAGAAAUACAAGAGCUGUUGCUUCGAACGCGGAACUACAGCAUCCUGCUUCUGAAACAUUUGUGUAGGCUAUAUACGUGUCUGUGCGCGUGUGUGUAUGAAAUAUUAGCCCAGCCCAGCAGCCCUUCCUAUUUCCCCUCCCUUCCCUCCAACAGUCUCAGUCGGUUCGCCCGCAGCACUUGCGUUCUCUCGGCCGGGUUUCACUCCAGAGAUGGCUGCGAAAGUGUGUAGGUCGGUCCUCCUCCUGUCCCGGAGCAGCGGAGCCGUAGCCUCUUCUGCUUUUCCCGCAUUCGGUGUCUCCUCACAGCGACAUCAUCAGAGCACAAGAACGGAGGCGCUGUCCAUUUCACUUGGAGGUCACCAGACUGUCAGGAGAGCACACGGUCUGAGAACAGGUGCCAGGUCUGCUCUCUUCUGUCACCCCAGUGCCACUCUGACAGCCCAGGGCUGGAAGGGCUCCCCCUCAUGGCAGGGUCAAAGACUACUGUGUUCACCCGCUGCUACAGAAGACGUUACAGUGGUGUAUCAGAACGGCUUGCCGGUGAUCUCCGUACGUCUGCCGUCCCGACGAGAACGCUGCCAGUUCACCCUCAAACCCUUGAGCGACACGGUGGGUGUUCUCCUUCAGCAGCUGCAGGCGGAGGACAGGGGCAUCGAUAGAGUCGCCAUCUACUCUACAGAUGGAGCAAGAAUAGCGUCCUCGACAGGAAUGGACAUUUUACUUAUGGACAGCUUUAAGCUAGUCAUUAAUGACACAACAUAUCUGGUGCAGCCGCCCAGGAGAGAUCUGCUACCGCACGAGGAAGCGGAGCGACUGAACGAUGUCAAGUUCUUGGUGCAGCAGCUCUACACCACCCUGUGCAUAGAUGAGCAUCAGCUCACCAAAGAGAGAGAGCUGAUUGGACGACUAGAGGACCUCAACUCUCAGCUCCUGCCCUUGGAGAAGGUUAAAGAAGAGCUGAGUAAGAGAGCCGAGCGCAGGACUACAUGGGUGCUGUGGGGUGGGAUGGCAUACAUGGCCACACAGUUUGGCAUUCUGGCACGGCUGACCUGGUGGGAGUACUCAUGGGAUAUCAUGGAGCCCGUCACGUAUUUUAUCACCUAUGGUACAGCAAUGGCUAUGUACGCUUACUUCGUGCUGACACGUCAGGAAUAUCUUUACCCAGACGCCAGGGACAGACAGUACCUGCUGUUCUUUCAUAAGGGAGCGAAGAGAACACGCUUUGACAUUGAGAAGUACAACAAACUGAAGGAUGCGAUUGCUGAGGCGGAGUUGGAUCUAAAGCGUCUUCGAGACCCGCUGCAGUUGCAGCUCCCUGUCCAGCAAAUCAAUGCCAGCGAGGACUGAGAACCUGAAGCCCUUUCAUUCUCUUCUGCCUCUUUGCGUUUUGUUUUCUGUCUCUUUUUAUCUUUUUGCUUUAUCUCUACAACCUCAAUGAAAAACCAGAUCCACAGCAAGCUUCGGAGUUUUAUUAUCCUUUUUAUUGUGUCCUUUAAUUUGGCAAGUCUAUGCAGAGGAGAAGAGAUACAAUUAAACGAAACGACAAAACUCGUUUCGUUUGUGUGACGAUGCUCGCAACAGGAGCACACGGAGAAGGACUUCAGACAGGAAGUUGAGACAUUGGGAUUGAACCAGUACAUCGCUAUGAGACAAUGACCCCACGUCUUGCAUGGGAAAGGACUCUCAAAAAUCUAAAAACCAUCUGCCCUUGGGUUGAACAGUUUUUUUUCCACAUUGGAGUACUGCUGAUAUCCCUAACUCUGACACUUUGCAGAAGAGAUUUCGGGAUGUGGUGCUCUUUUCCGUCUCUGGAAAAGAUCCGUUUACCAUCGAGCCAGUCCUCUUGUGGCUGAAAGGCCUGUACGUAACAGCCUUUUGAUUUCUUUCUCGCUUCCUUACGGACCUGUUAAGACAGAUCUAACAGCUAAAAUAUCACUGUGUGUUCUAUUAUUCCAAAAAGAAAACGAAUCAAAGAAUUUUUGGCACUUUUUAUUUUAAAAGCCAUAUUAUGUUUAUUGUGAUGAUGGAAAAAAAGAGAAAUGAGUAGAAACUUUUCUUCUCAUUAUUAGAUUUUUUUUGUUUUUAAUCAUGCAACCAGACAUUACAUAUCUGCAGAUGCUCUGAUAUUUUAUUUUCUGAGAUCCCCCAUCAUAAAACGAAGCUCGAAAAGUCCAUCCCUAACGCUGUGAGCCUGAAAUAUGAUACACCCCAUUGGUUUACAUGUUGAUGCGAAAUGCAGAUGGAUCCUCUUUAAAGGUCUUCUCUCUUCUCUAUAAAUCUUCUUUGGAACAUCAUCAAAUGACAUUUUCCCACAGUGCCUCGCAGCAUCUGCUGCAGCGUGCUUGUUACGAAACACCUGUUUUUUAUCAGACACGAUCCAAGAAAAUGACCCAUCGAACGGUCUUAAGGCAGGUCACUGUAAAAUGUGAUUUAUUUUGCUGGAAAAAGGUUCCGGAUGUGAUCAGCUUCCCAUCAUUCAUGUGGCGUUUUUAGCUGCAUAUAUCUGCCUCGUAUGCCAAGUCUUAUGGGACAUGCAGAGAACGUGUAAUAUAUUAGAUCUAGAAUUAGAGUGUGUUUUGCACACUUCGUGGCAUGCUAUAGAGAGAGAGCGUCUAUAUGUGCUAUCUUUAGCCGACAGGCCUUAGCAAUGAUUCUAGCUGGGUUGAGCUUGAGCGUCGACAUCGUUUUCAUUGGUUUUGCCAUGCAUUUUCAGUCCAGUUAGUAUAUGAGAUUAUGCUAUUAAUGCUAUUAUAAAAACAAAGUUCUCUCCAUCAUUUCCACAAAGAUGGGCAACCAGACUAUUUAAAUCUAAGGGGUGUGAAACAGACUUGACUCUGGUUGCUCUCUAACAAAAUGAUCAUAUCAAGUCUUGAAAUUGGUUUUUGGGCCAUUAUCGUUACCCAUAAUCCUGUUGUCUAUUGUGGGUUUGCCCUACACACUCAGACCCCCGUGGAGAAAUAGCUCUGUUGUUCUGUAGCAGAAGCCCGGCUGUCCAUGUUUGUGCCUGUGGUCGCCAUUAAGCGUUUUUUAAAGCCAUAUUCAUGUUGCGUUUGUGUCUUUAUAGGUGGAAGGGGCACAUAGAGUCUCAAAUCCCCUUAGCAGCAGCAGCUUGUGUCCAUUCUUACCAUGUUUAAAUAUUACAGGGUGAGAUUCCAGCCUACAACUCUAAUAGAAGGUACAUUAAAAGAAAGAGUUCCUCCAAAAACCAGUUGUUUCUGUGAAACUCAAAAGGAGAAAUUUAGUAGAAUGUUCUUGCAGCUCAUUUCUAUACAACAUUCAUACUGACCACGGCCGUCAAUCUUUUAAAAAUCCUUCAUUAGUUAAUAGGACUCUAUAUACCAAGUCUUCUGAAGCCAUGUGAAAAUUUUGAGGAACAGAUUGACAUUUUUCUAAAAUGGCGAUUGUGUUUAGUUUCAUUUUUAGAUUCAAACGCUGAUGUUUCAUGUUUCAGUGUUGGGAAAUGGGGAAGAUUUUUAGCAGUUGAUGACUGAAAUGGAUGGUUCAACCAAAAAUUAUAAUUUUUGUUAAAGUUUAUUUACCCUCAUUUCUGUUCAUCCAUUCAAAAUUCAUCCAACCAAAUCUUUGACGUAUCAAAAAGUAAAAAAAAAAAAGAAAUGUUUGUAUGAAUCAAGUGGUUUAAUUCACAUUUUCUAAAGAGACAUGGACGCUUAUAAUGAAGAGAUUUAAUUUAGUCUUUUAUCAAUACUUUGUUCAAUGCAUAUAAACGGAGCUCAUCAAAUAUGGCAAACGGAAGCUCCACGUUAUUUGCUUAAAGUGUGAGAAGGUCAAACAUUCUUGUGUGACACAAGAACAAACAAAAUUGGUAAAAUUAUUGUAAAGUGUUACCAAUUUAAUUGUGUUCAUCAUAUAAAGUAAUUGUGUCUCUUCAAAAGACUUGGAUUGAAUCACUUGAUUCAUAUGGAUUGAUGCACCAAUGUUUUUGUUGUGUGGACUUUCAAAAGAUGAGCGAAUGUUAAAAAUAUCCUCAUGUGUUGUUUUGAAGAAUCUUCUAGGUUUAGAAUGACAUAAGGGUGAGUAAACAAUUCAAAGCUAUUGUAUGACUUCAGGAGACCUGGAAUAUAGCCUCUGAAUCAUGUAAACUACUUCUUGUUGGUCUUUUUAGAGCUUUUUAGAGGUUUAGAAAAGAGAACUAAGAACUGUGAAAAUUCUUCAAACUUUCUCUGUUUUGUGUUUAUUGGGAAUAAAAAACAGCAUCGGGUCUGGAAUGACAUGGUAAAUAAUGACAGAAAUAUUUGGGGAUCAUAAUCCAUAAUUUGGAUUUUGCAUGUCUGGCUAAAAGUGUAAGUGUUGUGAUGGAUGGCCUUUAACAGUGACUAUUUAUUGUUGGUGAGGAGUUCAGGUCAUUGGGAGUUACUCGGUGUGCUUGAGUGAAUUACCUUGUGAUUUAACACAGCAAGAUCUGAACUGUAGGUGAUUUUUUUUUUUUUUAAGGAUAACAGCUUGAUAACUGCAUUAUGUCUGACCCAGCUGCUUUCAGGGGAGAUGCUUCUCUCUUUUAUCAGAGUCUGUUUGAACAGGGUUUAUCAGACUGAAAUUCAAACUGUGGUUCCAUCACUCUAGACGUAGCUGAUGGGUACAAUACACAUGCAUAUCCACUAUUGGUCCGGAAACAACAUUGAGGCAUAGUGCUGAACCUAAGCAUUAAUCACUCUAAAGGAAAUGAGCGACUGAUUAUAUGAAUGUUCAUAAUCCUUAACCUAAACCUUAAAAUCUGUUUGGUCUAUAAAGGAUCAAUAAAGAAUGUUGACUGAAGGCAGAAUCAAGGUCACGGUGCACAUUUGUGACAAUAUGCAGUUGGUGUGAGCAUCUCGUCUCAGACUUCAUGAAUUUUCUGUUCAUGCAUAACCUUCGUCCAUAGCGGUCAAAAUCAGCCGAUGCAUCAUGCGCAUAAAAAACAUCCAUUCUUCCUCACUUACUGUGAUCAACAGUCUGUGAUCAACAGUCAUAAAUUCAUCCUUUAUAAACACACUCCAAAGUUAUUUCAGGGCAAAAAGUCAGCCAUCUCACUCUCCAAGAUGCCCAGUACACUUGACAUCCCUCGACCUACUGAACAUCUAUAAGAGGUCUUGGGACUGGUCAUUAUCUGAUAAGUUGAACUUCUUUUUGUUUAUUUGUAGGGUUUUCGGUUUGUUUCAGGGUUUUUAAAAAUAAUAAUAUAUCAAAUAUAUGGAAUCUAUUCUAAAGCGGGUGUUGCAUGAAUGUAUGUUUACAUGGGGAAAUUACAUAUAAAUGAAUCAAAAAAGCAAAGAUUACUAUGAAUGCUGAUUGCAGAUGAACAGACUCCUGGUUCAUCAAGAGUUUGAUUUUUUGAUUUUUGAUUUUUCCAACCAAUCUCUCACCCUUCAUGAUCCAGCAGCAAGUACGCUCUUGACAGCUGCAAGGCUCUAAUUGGUCAAGGAUCUCUUCUACAUCAUGUCUUGUUUUAUCCUGUCUUUGCUCUCUCGAUCUCAAUGCUGCUGCUCGAUCGCUGCAGUGCUGCCUUUAUUCUGAUCUGAGAACAGAGAGUAUGGAAGACCUGACCUUCUCAAAUGCCCCUCGCUCCAUCCAUUUGCCUGUCUUUCUUUAGCUCCUUAUUAUACUCCCACACUGAUUAUCUUUUAGUUAUGUGUAUUAUUUUUUUUACGUUUUCAUCAUG